UUAAAAUAAUGUUGUCGCCUCUAUGACGUCCUUUUCAGCCGCCGUCAGAGGGAGUAGUGGAAUUCAAAGUCCAACAUCCAUCGCUAAUCUACAAUGGCCGAGGAAGGCGUUGCCGCCGGAGGGGUGAUGGAUGUCAACACUGCGCUGCCCGAAGUGCUGAAGACGGCGCUCAUCCACGACGGGCUGGCUCGCGGCAUCCGCGAGGCCGCCAAGGCCCUAGACAAGCGUCAGGCUCAUCUGUGUGUGCUUGCUGCCAACUGUGACGAGCCCAUGUACGUCAAGCUGGUGGAGGCCCUCUGUGCUGAGCAUCAGAUCAACCUCAUCAAGGUCGAUGACAACAAGAAGCUUGGUGAGUGGGUUGGUUUGUGCAAGAUCGACAGAGAGGGUAAACCCCGCAAGGUGGUUGGCUGCAGCUGUGUGGUUGUCAAGGACUAUGGCAAAGAGUCUCAGGCCAAGGAUGUCAUCGAGGAAUACUUCAAAUCGAAGAAAUAAUGUGUUGCAAUAAAGUUUUGGAAAUAA